CUCACUUCGACACCCAACUCAUACUCAAUAAAGCUGUGUCCCGAUCGCAAUCUCUCAACCUCCCUUCUUCCGAACACACAGCUUCCGACACCAUGGGCAAAGCCGAAGCAGGAACCGCGAAAUGGGUCGCCAACAAGAUGAAGUCCAAGGGACUUCAACGUCUGCGCUGGUGGUGCGAAAUCUGCCAGAAACAAUGCCGCGACGCCAAUGGGUUUAAAUGUCACGUCCAAUCUGAAUCGCACGUCCGUCAAAUGCAGGUGGUUGGCGAGGACCCGCGUAAAUACAUCAACAACUUCAGCAACGAUUUCCAACGAGACUUCAUUUCACUACUUCGCACCACGCACGGCGAGAAAUGGGUCAGCGUCAACAGGUACUAUCAGCUUUAUAUAUUCGAGAAAGAACACGUCCAUUUAAACGCAACGCGCUGGGCAAGCUUGACUGAAUUCACGAAACAUCUUGGAAGGGAAGGAAUUUGCCAUGUCAAAGAAGACGAGAAGGACGGUCUUAUGAUCGCUUGGCGAGAUACUAGCGUGGCAGCUGUGAAACGGAAGGAAGAGAUCGCCGAGCAGGAGGCUGCGGAAGCAAGGAGCGGAGCUGGCGAGGACAAGAUGUUGAAAAAGAUGGCAAAACGAGCACAGGAGGAAGCUGAGGCCAAGAAGGCGAUCGAGGCAAAGAGGGCAGCGGCAGCGGUCGCGAUGCAGCAGAAGGAUAAUACAACCCCACCAGCCGAGACAGCCACAUCGACAGACGAAAAGAAGGUCGAUUCGCCAGUCGAGGAGGAAAAGAAGGAUAGCGACGAGCCAAAGCCAGACGCAGCGCCCGUCAAGCUGAGUUUCGGCAUGAAAGCAAAGAGUGCUCCGCCAAACAAGGCCGGUCUAGGCCAGAUGAAGAGCCAGAGCAUCUUCAAGCGGAAGAAGGAUGACACCCUGGAGCAGAAGCCCGUUAAGAAAGUCAAGCUAUGAAGGCGCUUCACGACAUGGACAUUUUCUCACUUGCAUAGCACGGCGUUUGGGGGUAAGAUCAAGUAGGAAUCCUUGAAUCUAGGACACGGUCAUGAGCCUUGAUGAGUUGUGUCUGGUAGCAUUUUUCGGAGUUGGAUUAGUUUGUUCUACAAUUUAUGCACUUCAUCGUCUGAUAAUUGAUCCUCGAUCCAUGCGUUUAAACUCUUGCUCUGG